UAUCCACUAUGACAACGACGACGGAGCCGGUCUGCCAUCUCCUCCAGCUGCCGGCGGAACUCAGAAAUCGUAUCUACGAAGAUGUGCUCUCCCCCGGCGUCCUCUGGCUGACCCGAAACGCGACCAAACGCUUCGCCAUUGAGCCCAGGAUCUCACCACAAAUACUGCAGACAUGUUCGAGAAUCUACAACGAGGCCAAGAAUUUGAUCUACACGGACAACGAAGUCAUCCUCUCCAUCGAUGCUCACGACACCUUUGCACCCGUCAUCAACGAGUCCCGUCUUCCGCAGCACGCUCUGGAGAAGCUCCAGCAUGUCACUUUAAUCGUGGAUUGUACCGCAAGCCUCAAGGUCAGUCUAGAGGGUGUCGACUUCACUUUUUUGGAAGCUCUCGUGUCACUUCGCACAUUGCGACUUGGUUUCGUGCUGUACAGGGGAGUCUACUUCAUCGAGAAAGGCUUCGAGAUGGAUCUCCAACACCUGAUG